GAGUACUUUUGCUUCACGUGACCGGCCGGCUUGUCACCGCCCCCGACGAGAAGAUUACGGUGACCGAGGUGUGAGUGGAGUCGCGGAAAAUGAACGGCUACACUUUACUUUACACCGGCAUUACCGUGGCCUUCUGGUCCACCAUUGUUGUUGUAGGCAUUUGUUAUACAAUAUUUGACCUGGGAUUUCGUUUCGAUAUAGGAUGGUUUUUAACAGAAACCUCUCCUUUUAUGUGGGCAAACCUUGGAAUUGGAUUGGCCAUCUCUUUAUCUGUUGUGGGAGCUGCAUGGGGUAUCUACAUCACUGGUUCAAGCAUUCUUGGUGGGGGUGUAAAAGCUCCCAGGAUUAAAACAAAAAAUCUUGUCAGCAUAAUUUUCUGUGAAGCUGUGGCAAUUUAUGGAAUCAUCAUGGCUAUUGUCAUCAGUAAUAUGGCAGAGCCAUUCAGUGGUACUACACCUCAGACAAUUGGAGCUAGGAAUUAUCAAGCAGGGUUCUCUAUGUUUGGGGCAGGUCUAACUGUUGGAUUUUCUAAUCUCUUCUGUGGAAUCUGCGUUGGUAUUGUGGGUAGCGGUGCUGCCCUUGCAGAUGCCCAGAAUGCCAGCUUGUUUGUUAAGAUUCUAAUAGUUGAAAUUUUUGGCAGUGCCAUUGGGUUGUUUGGAGUCAUUGUGGCUAUUCUACAGACAUCCAAAGUGAAAAUGGGAGACUAGACUUCAUGAAGACAUGGGGAGUCUAAAGUUGUGGAAAUGAGACCAAGAUUUGUUGUAAAUAAUUUAUUUAAGUGUAUAUUUUCCCAAUAUAUUGUUUGUGGUUUUUAAACAUCAUUUGCUUCAAGAAUGAUUUGUGAUAUAUUUGGAUGCAAUUUCUGAUCAAUUCUGCAAAACAGGCCAGGUGCUGUCCAACAGUAUUCCAUAGUUUAGUCUGUAGUUUAAUGUGACAGUUUAUUGCCCACUUGGAUUUUGCAAUUGGAAUGGAUCUGUGAGACUGAAUGUUGAAGACUUCUUUCAUUAUCAUGUUCAAAUGGUGAAGUUGAGCCUUUUUUUGACUGGUAUACGCAAGAGCUGAAAAUAUUGAUGUAACAUCACUAUGAUUUUAAUAUUAGGCCUGUGAGGCUUGUGGAGAUCAUACUAAACCUCUAAUGAAUGAGACAUACAAAAAUCAACUGUUGUGUACCUCAACUGAACUGUGUUUUUCUUGUAAAUGUAGUGGAGAAAAUGAAUGUUACAUCAAAAUUACAAAUUUAGAAAUAAAGAAUUUGCAUAUGGGUCUUCAGCAAA